UCUAAAAAGUAAAAAUAGCUUUCCAAAAGUCAAUCAUUUCAUGUGAAACUUAUUACCUAUUUACCGUUUGUUAUAUUUGUAGAUGGUAAUGUGAAAUCCUAAUACAUGUCCAUAAAAAUCCAUAAAAUAAAGAAAAUGCCGUGUUCCUUCGUCAAAGUAGCUGUAGCAACUUAAAUUUGGAGCUCUAAUGAGUCAUUAUGGAACAAAAAUUGCAUUACUUCUUGCAAAACUGCAGGAGUAUCAGACAGUUGAAGCAAACCCAUCUCCAGAUUCUCAUCAAUGGCCUCCAAGAUUGCAACUUUAUAUUGCCCAAACUCAUUAAUCUCUCUUCAGACCUCAUUUCACUUGAUUAUGCCACUGAUGUAUUUCAAAGUUCAUGUACUCCUAAGGUCAAUGUUAUUGCCUACAACACAAUGAUCAAAUGCUUCACAGGAAAGUCCCAUAGAGGCGCAUUGCGCACCUACAAUCAAAUGAAGGUGGCAUUGAUAUCGCCCAACAGUUUCACCAUCACUUUUCUUCUAAGGUGCAUUGAAUCGCUUGCGGCUUUGAAAGAUGGGACAGUAGUACAUGGAGACACUGUGAAAUUGGGAUUUGGUUCAAGUGCUUUUGUUCAAAACACUCUCUUGGAUUUCUAUGCCAAGUGUAGGGAGAGUUUGGAUUCGGCUUGCUUGGUGUUCGACGAAAUGCCCCAAAGGGAUGUUGUUUCAUGGAAUACUAUGAUUGGAGCAUACAUGGCUCGUGGGAUGAUAGAGUCCUCAAUUCAACUGUUUGAUAGGAUGCCGGAGAGGAGCACUGUGACGUGGAAUUCAGUUAUUGGGGGGCUUGCCAAGGCUGGGAAUAUGGAUUUAGCACAUUCCUUCUUUAGGAGCAUGCCGGUAAGAAAUGAGGUUUCUUGGAAUUCCAUGAUAUCUGGAUAUAUAAGGGUGGGUGAUGUCAAGACUGCGCGGUCUAUUUUUGAUCAGAUGCCUGAGAAAACUGUGGUUUCUUGGACAGCCAUGAUAUCAGGAUACACCACGAUUGGCGAUCUUGAAUCAGCAAGGGCAUUUUUUGAUCAGAUGCCGGUUAAAAAUGUGGUUUCGUGGAAUGCUAUGAUUGCAUGUUAUGUUCAUAAUCAUAGGUUUGAUGAAGCUCUUUCUGUACUUCAUCAUAUGCUAAUUGAUGGUGUAUGCAGACCUGAUCAAACUACUUUGGUAAGUGUACUCUCUGCUUGUGCUCACUUGGGUUCUCUUGAACAUGGGAAAUGGAUCGAUUCCUAUAUUAAAAAGAACAAAAUCAACUUGUCGAAUCCACUAGGCAAUGCUUUGAUAGACAUGUUUGCAAAAUGCGGGGAUGUAGAAAAUGGGAGGGCAGUUUUUGAUCGGAUGGCUAAAAGAUGCAUAAUUACAUGGACUGCAAUGGUUUCAGGAUUAGCUGUAAAUGGGCAGUGCAGAGAAGCAUUAGCACUUUUUGAUAGGAUGUGUUUAGAAGGAAUAAAACCAGAUGAUGUCUUCUUUAUUGCUGUUCUGUCAGCUUGCACUCAUGGUGGCCUAGUGGAAGAGGGUAGAAGAGUAUUUGAUCAGAUGGUAAGUGAGUUUGGCAUUGAACCCUGCAUUGAGCAUUAUGGCUGCAUGGUUGAUCUACUUGCUCGAGCAGGGAAGUUAGAAGAAGCAAUCAGGUUCAUAGAGAGCAUGCAUAUGGAGCCUAACACCAUCAUUUGGGCCACUUUACUUGGUGCUUGUAAGAUUCAUGGUAACGGAGAGUUAUUGGAGUCUGUACCAAGAAAGAUUAUGAAUCAAGAACCUUCAAAUCCUAGCUAUUUAAUGCUGUUUACAAAUUUGAGCUCAUCAGUUGGACGGUGGGAAGAUGCUUUGAAUUUUCGGGUGGCAAUGAGACACCGUGGCGUAGAUAAAGUGCCAGGUUGUAGCUCAAUCCAAAUAGGGAAUAACGUCCAUGAAUUUCUAGCUAAAGAUACAAAGCAUGAACAAAGGAAGGAGAUUUAUAGGGUUUUGGAUAGUUUAAAUGGACAAUUGAAGACAAUAUAUGAUGUGUGGUGAGAAUCUUCUGAUGGACUAAUGUACUUAGAACAGUCAUCUCUCGGAAGAUGAUCUUGGAGAGAAUGAGCGAUAGGAUGAUGUGGGGCCGAUUUUAAUUUGAAAGAAGGAUUUUGCUGUAGAUCUCAAGAAGUGGAAAAUUCAUAGUUUGUGCCAUCUUGUGAAAGGAGAAGAUGAUUCAGGUAAUGGAUACAUAUGUCUCCGCAACAGAUAUAAUAUAAUAUGAACGACAUCUAAUUUGUAAGGGAAAAGAGGAAAAUGGAUGUGACAUGGCUGUUAAGCAUAAAUACUGAAGUUCAGAGUUGAAGUUUCUAAUGAGAAGAUUGCAAGCAUUUGACAAGGGAAGAGAACACUGCGGUCGUUAAAUGAAUGCAGUCAAAUACUGGGCAUUGUUCGAUAAAAAGCUGAAAGGAAGAAUCUGUUUUUUGAACACUGGGAGGCAAGAGGAUUGUUGGAAUAUUUCAUGGAUGGUAUCAUUUUAUUUUGGUCAUUUGGCAUUUGAAGGUAGAGAUUCAAUGGAAAACUAAGAUAGUGAAUGAGCUUCUGAAAAGUGGCUGCUACAACUCUCGUUGCUAAAGCAGUCGAUAUAUAUUCAUAUUUUUUUGAAUCACUUCUGGAUUCACAAACUUAAUUUCAAGUAAGCUCUUUCAUCUCUUAAAGACUCAUAAGAUGCUUAUAUUCCUUGUGUCUCCUCCAGUCCCUGUUGCAGCUUGAUGCCUAAAAAUAUGUUUGUUGCAACAAUCAAGAAGUUUUUUUUUUUUUUUUUUUUUAUCAUUCGAAGCCUUAUUAAAUGUGUGAAUACCCAAAUGCAUGAAAUUAUCGUCCUUUCACUUCAUUUUUUUGUGUUUUUAGUUCGUAAAUUUUUUUUUCCCACAGUUUUGGCACUGCAGUAUAAAUCCAUUUUCCUGCUGAACCACUAACUCAGUUGGUAUCAUCUCUCUCCCGUUUAAAGGGGAGGUUGAGGGUUCAACCCAUGAAGGGGCAGGUUUUGGGUGUGUGCGUUUGCUUUAACUUUCAAUAUAUGUGUGUGUAUAUAU